UAGAUGCUAGGCGGUGCGCGCGCUCGCCGUGUGACCGGAAGGGAGCUGCCGAGGAGGCGGGACCUGGACGGCGGGUCCCAGCGAGGACCGGGCCGGACGGCGGGAGGAGAUCAGGAUGAUAGGAGAACGGCGUGCUAUGGACCUUAUGGUGCCCUUGGGGCCCCAACUGCAGGCAUAUCCUGAAGAACUUAUACGACAACGGCCUGGACAUGAUGGACGCCCUGAAUACCUGAUCCGAUGGAGUGUCCUGAAGUGUGGGGAAGUAGGCAAAGUGGGUGUGGAGGAAGGCAAAGCAGAGCACAUCCUCAUGUGGCUGUCGGCCCCAGAGGUCUAUGCUAACUGCCCCAUGCUAUUAGGUGAGCGGGCACUAUCUAAGGGACCUCAGCAUGAACCAGCUGGGGGUUCAGGAAGCUAUCCCCGAGAUCCAGGAGGCCUGGACGAUGUGGCAAUGGGAGAGAUGGAAGCCGAUGUGCGGGCGCUGGUACAAAGGGCUGCCAGGCAGUUGGCAGAAGGUGGGACCUCAAGCCUCACCGCUGCUGUGCUCCACACCAUCCAUGUUCUCAGUGCAUACGCCAGCAUCGGGCCCCUCACUGGGGUCUUUAGGGAAACAGGAGCCCUGGACCUGCUCAUGCAUAUGUUGUGCAAUCCUGAGCCUCAAAUCCGUCGGAGUGCGGGCAAGAUGCUGCAGGCUCUGGCAGCCCACGAUGCUGGGAGUCGGGCUCACGUCCUUCUGUCACUGAGCCAGCAAGAUGGCAUCGAGCAGCACAUGGAUUUUGACAGCCGCUAUACUUUGCUGGAGCUGUUUGCAGAGACCACGUCCUCUGAAGAGCACUGCAUGGCCUUUGAAGGCAUUCAUCUGCCUCAGAUCCCAGGAAAGCUGCUCUUCUCCCUGGUGAAGCGCUACCUAUGUGUCAUCCUGCUGGAUCAACUGAAUAACAGUCCAGAGCCAGGAACUGGAGACCAAAGCUCCCUGUGCACCUCGAGGGAGAAAAACCGGGGACAAAGGGAGCUGGAAUUCAGCAUAGCGGUGGGCAACCUCAUUUCAGAACUGGUGCGGAGCAUGGGCUGGGCCCGGAACCUCAGUGAACAGGGCACAUUACCACCACGGCCACCUCGGUCUAUCUUUCAACCCUGCAUUUCAGGACCACCCCUUUUACUCCCCACCAUUGUCACCAUCCCCAAGCAAGGGUGGGCCUUCCGUCAGCGUUCUGAAUUCUCUAGCCGUAGUGGCUAUGGCGAGUACGUGCAGCAGACACUGCAGCCAGGCAUGCGAGUGCGGAUGCUGGAUGAUUACGAGGAGAUCAGUGCUGGAGAUGAAGGCGAGUUCCGGCAGAGCAACAGUGGCGUGCCCCCUGUGCAGGUCUUCUGGCAGUCGACAGGCCGCACCUACUGGGUGCAUUGGCACACUGAGAUAUUGGGCGCUGAGGAAGCUACUGGGGAUUCAGCUUCGGCAGCUGUGGAGAAGGGGGCAGCAGGGGCUACUGUAUUGGGCACAGCAUUUCCCUCCUGGGACUGGAAGCCUGUGGAUGGCCUCUACUGCUUGCCAUACCUCCAGACUGAACCUCAGAAGAAUGAGGAAUUGGGAUAACCUGACCCAGCUGAGUGGUGGUAACUCCUUUUCUUCAUCAAAAAGUUAGACAUAUGUGAGCAGCAACCAAUUUUCCAGAAUCUUCAGGAGAAACUGGAUGAGAGCCUGGGUGAAAAGGCCCUAGGUGAGAUCUCUGUGCCUGUAGAGAUGGCUGAGGGUCUGCUGCGGGUUCUCAGUACGUUUGAGGGUAGCACCCUCCGUGACCUGCUCAACUCCCAGAUCUACACCAAAUAUGGGCUGCUACCUGAUGAACUAAGCAGUUUAUCUUCACGAAGUCACUCCUGUACCCCAGAUCCAGAAGAGGAGUCCAAGUCAGAGGCCAGUUUCUCAGAGGAAGAGACCGAAUCCCCCAAAGCAAAGACUGAGCCCCCUAAGGCAGAGGCAGAGCCUGUUAAGGCAAAGACUGAGCCCCCCAUGGCCCAGAGUGAUUCACAGCUGUUUAACCAGCUUUUGGUGACUGAGGGGAUGUUGCUGCCACUUGCCUUUCCCCCACCAAUUCAGAAAUUGGCUAGAGCUUUGCGGGGUCCUGGUCCACGCAGCUCCCUGGAUCAGCAUGUGGCAGCAGUCGUGGCCACUGUACAGAUAUCCAGCUUGGACACAAACCUGCAGCUUUCAGGGCUCUCUGCCCUCUCUCAGGCUUUGGAAGAGGUCACAGAGCGGGACCAUCCUCUGGUCCGUCCUGACAGAUCACUAAGAGAGAAGCUAGUGAAGACGCUGGUGGAGUUGCUGACCAAUCUGGGAGAGAAGAUGGUGGUGGUGCUGGCCCUCCGCCUCCUUUACCUGCUCAUGACCAAGCACGAGUGGCGCCCACUCUUUGCCAGGAGGGCGGCAUCUACGCUGUACUGGUUUUGCAUGCAAGAAUAUAAGACUUCUGUCUUGGUGCAACAGGCAGGGCUGGCGGUGCUGAAGAUGAUGGCUGUUGCUAGCUCCUCAGAUCCCACUUUUGUUACUGGUCGAGAUUCCAUUCAGCCUUUGUUUGAUGCCCAGAUGACAAGAGAGAUCUUCGCCAGCAUUGAUUCAGCCACACGCCCAGGCUCUGAGAGCCUACUCCUUACUGUCCCUGCAGCUGUGAUCCUGAUGCUGAACACUGAGGGGUGUUCCUCUGCAGUGAGAAAUGGACUACUUCUGCACAUGCUUUUGUGCAACCACCACACUCUGGGAGACCAGAUUAUAACCCGAGAGCUGAGAGACACCUUGUUCAGGCACUCGGGGAUAGCACCAGGAGUAGAACUGCCUACAACACGCACCAUCCUCAUGAUGCUUCUCAAUCGCUACUCUGAGCCACCGGGUAGUCCUGAGCAUGCAGCAUUGGAGACCCCCAGUGCCCAGGGCCAGGAUGGGUCCCCUGAGCUACUGAUUCGAUCCCUAGUGGGGGGCCCAUCUGCAGAACUACUCCUGGACUUGGAGCAUAUGUUGUGCCAUGAGGGCAGUCCAGCGGGUGCUGUGAGGCCCCUCCUUAAGCGCCUCCAGCAGGAGACCCAGCCCUUCCUCCUGUUGCUGCGAACUCUGGAUGCCCCUGGGCCCAACAAGACUCUGCUGCUGACAGUACUGAGGGUCAUGACCCGCCUGUUGGAUUACCCUGAGGCAAUGGUCCUCCCCUGGCAUGAGGUCUUGGAACCCUGCCUCAACUGCCUGAGUGGCCCCAGCAGUGAUUCUGAGAUUGUUCAGGAGCUGACCUGCUUCCUGCAUCGCCUGGCUUCGAUGCAUAAGGACUAUGCUGUGGUUCUCUGCUGCCUGGGAGCAAAAGAGGCCCUCUCCAAAACCCUGGACAAGCACUCAGCUCAACUGCUGUUGGCCUCUGAGCUGCGGGACCUGGUAAUAGAGUGUGAGAAGUACGCCCAACUCUAUAGCAACCUCACCUCCAGCAUCCUGGCUGGCUGCAUUCAGAUGGUGUUGGGCCAGAUUGAAGACCAUAGACGAACCCAGCAACCCAUCAAUAUUCCUUUCUUUGAUGUGUUCCUCAGGCAUCUCUGCCAGGGCUCCAGUGUGGAAGUGAAGGAGGACAAGUGCUGGGAGAAGGUGGAGGUGUCCUCCAACCCGCACCGGGCCAGUAAACUGAUGGACCGCAACCCCAAGACCUACUGGGAGUCCAAUGGCAGCACAGGCUCCCACUACAUCACCUUGCACAUGCACCGUGGUGUUAUUGUUAGGCAGCUGACUUUGCUGGUGGCCAGUGAGGAUUCAAGUUACAUGCCAGCCAGGGUGGUGGUGUUUGGGGGUGACAGUACCAGCUGCAUCAGCACCGAGCUCAAUAUGGUAAAUGUGAUGCCCUCUGCCAGCCGGGUAACCCUCCUGGAGAAUCUGAACCGCUUCUGGCCCAUCAUCCAGAUUCGUAUAAAGCGCUGCCAGCAGGGUGGCAUCGACACCCGGGUUCGGGGUGUGGAGGUCCUGGGCCCUAAGCCUACUUUCUGGCCACUGUUCCGGGAGCAGCUGUGUCGCCGUACAUGUCUGUUCUACACAAUUCGGGCCCAAACCUGGAGCCGGGACAUAGCAGAUGACCGAAAGCGCCUCCUCCAGCUCUGUCCCAGACUGAACAGGGUUUUGCGUCAUGAGCAGAAUUUUGCUGAUCGCUUCCUUCCUGAUGAUGAGGCCGCCCAAGCACUGGGCAAGACCUGCUGGGAGGCCCUGGUCAGCCCCCUAGUGCAGAACAUCACCUCGCCUGAUGCAGAAGGUGUGAGCUCUCUGGGAUGGUUGCUGGAUCAGUACUUAGAGCAGAAAGAGAGCUCUCGAAUCCCCAUGAGUCGAGCAGCAUCCUUUGCAUCUCGAGUUCGUCGCCUUUGCCACUUGCUGGUGCAUGCGGAGCCUCCUCCUGGACCUUCUCCUGAACCAUCCACACGGCCCUUCAGCAAAAACAGCAAGGGUCGAGAUCGGAGCCCUGCGCCCUCACCAGUUCUUCCAAGCAGCAGCCUAAGGAACAUAACCCAGUGCUGGUUGAGCGUAGUGCAGGAGCAGGUCAGCAGAUUCCUGGCUGCAGCCUGGAGGGCCCCAGACUUUGUGCCUCGUUACUGCAAACUCUAUGAGCACUUGCAGAGAGCAGGUUCCGAGCUGUUUGGGCCCCGGGCAGCCUUCACCCUGGCUCUGCGCAGUGGUUUCUCUGGCGCCCUGUUGCAGCAGUCCUUUCUUACUGCUGCUCAUAUGAGUGAGCAGUUUGCUAGGCAUCUUGACCAACAGAUCCAGGGUAGCCUGCUUGGUGGAUCCCCUGGAGUGGAAAUGCUGGGGCAGCUUCAGCAACACCUGGAACCGAUCAUGGUCCUUUCUGGCCUGGAACUGGCUACUACUUUUGAGCACUUUUAUCAGCACUACAUGGCAGACCGUCUCCUGAGCUUGGGCUCCAGCUGGCUGGAGGGGGCUGUACUGGAGCAGAUUGGCCUCUGCUUUCCCAAUCGCCUCCCCCAGCAGAUGUUGCAGAGCCUGACCACCUCAGAGGAGCUACAGCGCCAGUUCCACCUUUUCCAGCUCCAGCAGCUUGACAGGUUGCUCUUAGAGCAGGAAGAUGAGGAGGAUCAGGGACUGGAUGAAGAGCAGGAGGAAGAGGAGGAAGAAGAGGCUGAGAAAGAACUUUUUAUGGAAGAUUCAAGUUCAACAGUUUCUAUACUGGUCCUGUCACCACGCUGCUGGCCCGUCUCCCCACUCUGCUACCUGCACCAUCCCAGAAAGUGCCUUCCCACAGAAAUGUGUGAUGCCCUUGACCGCUUCUCCAGUUUCUACAGCCAGAGUCAGAACCACCCAGUCCUGGACAUGGGACCACAUCGACGACUGCAGUGGACGUGGCUGGGCAGGGCUGAGCUGCAGUUUGGGGACCAGACCCUGCAUGUGUCCACUGUGCAGAUGUGGCUGCUGUUGAAUUUCAAUCAUAUAGAGGAAGUAUCAGUAGAGACCUUGCUGAAGAAUUCUGACCUCUCUGCUGAGCUACUGCACCAGGCACUUCUACCCCUCACCUCUGAGAGUGGCCCUUUGACCCUUCAAGAGGGUCAGGACUUUCCACCCAGAGGUGUGCUGCGACUCCGCGGGCCUGGGCUCCAGCCCAGUGAGGAGGUCCUGUGGCUCAUACCUCCCCAGACAUACCUGAAUGUAGAGAAGGAUGAGGGCCGAACCCUGGAACAGAAGAGGAACCUCUUGAGCUGUCUUCUUGUCCGUAUUCUUAAAGCCCAUGGGGAAAAAGGCCUCCACAUUGAUCAGCUGGUUUGUCUGGUGCUGGAGGCCUGGCAGAAGGGUCCAAAUCCCCCUGGGAGCCUGGGCCAUGCUGUUGCUGGAAGUGUAACCUGUACCAGUACAGAUGUCCUCUCUUGCAUUCUGCAUCUCCUGGGCCAGGGCUAUGUGCAACGGCGUGAUGACCGGCCCCAGAUCCUGAUGUAUGCCACACCAGAGCCCAUGGGGCCCUGCCGGGGUCAAGCAGAUGUUCCUUUCUGUGGCAACCAAAGUACCAAGACCUCCAAGCCUAGCCCAGAAGCCAUGGUGGCCCUGGCAUCUCUACAGCUGCCUGCAGGCCGCACCAUGAGCCCUCAGGAGGUAGAAGGUUUGAUGGAGCAGGCAGUGCGGCAGGUACAGGAGACGCUGAAUUUGGAGCCAGAUGUGGCUCAGCACCUUUUGGCUCAUUCCCACUGGGGUGCUGAACAACUGCUGCAGAACUACAGUGAUGACCCUGAUCCGCUGCUGCUGGCAGCUGGGCUGUGUGUACCCCCGGCCCAGGCUGCCCCCACACGCCCUGAUCACUGCCCAGUCUGUGUCAGCCCCCUGGAACUCAAUGACGACUUGCCCUCCCUUUGCUGCAAGCACUACUGCUGUAAGUCUUGUUGGAAUGAGUAUCUGACAACUCGGAUCGAGCAGAACCUUGUGCUGAAUUGCACCUGCCCCAUUGCUGACUGCCCUGCUCAGCCCACCGCCGCCUUUAUACGUUCCAUCGUCUCCUCACCAGAGGUCAUCUCCAAGUACCAGAAGGCCCUCCUGCGUGGCUAUGUGGAGAGCUGUUCCAACCUGACCUGGUGCACCAACCCUCAGGGCUGUGACCGCAUCCUGUGCCGCCAGGGCCUGGGCUGUGGGACCACCUGCUCCAAGUGCGGCUGGGCCUCCUGCUUCAACUGUAGCUUCCCUGAGGCACACUACCCUGCCAGCUGUGGUCACAUGUCUCAGUGGGUUGAUGAUGGUGGUUACUACGAUGGCAUGAGUGUGGAGGCCCAGAGCAAGCACCUGGCCAAGCUCAUCUCCAAACGCUGUCCCAGCUGUCAGGCUCCUAUUGAGAAGAACGAGGGGUGCCUGCACAUGACCUGUGCCAAAUGUAACCAUGGAUUCUGCUGGCGCUGCCUCAAGUCCUGGAAGCCAAAUCACAAAGACUAUUACAACUGCUCUGCCAUGGUAAGCAAAGCAGCUCGUCAGGAGAAGCGGUUUCAGGACUAUAAUGAGCGGUGUACUUUCCAUCACCAGGCCCGGGAGUUUGCUGUGAACUUGCGGAAUCGAGUCUCUGCCAUCCAUGAGGUGCCCCCGCCCAGAUCCUUCACAUUCCUCACUGAUGCCUGCCGAGGCCUUGAGCAAGCUCGAAAGGUGCUGGCCUAUGCCUGUGUGUACAGCUUCUACAGCCAGGACACAGAGUACAUGGAUGUGGUGGAGCAGCAGACAGAGAACCUGGAGCUGCACACCAACGCCCUGCAGAUCCUCCUUGAGGAGACCCUGCUGCGCUGCCAAGACCUGGCCUCUUCUCUGCGCCUCCUGCGGACUGAUUGUCUCAACACAGGCAUGGAGCUGCUGCGGCGGAUUCAGGAGAGGCUGCUAGCCAUCCUGCAGCAUUCCACCCAGGAUUUCCGGGUUGGUCUCCAGAGUCCAUCAGUAGAGGCCCGGGAGGCAAGAGGAUCCAACGUACCUGACAAUCAGCCCCAAGAUUCCUCUGGGCUGGAGGCAGAGGAUGAGGAGGAAGAAGAAGAGGAGGAAGAUGAUGAGGAUGAUGUGCCUGAGUGGCAGCAAGAUGAGUUUGAUGAGGAGCUGGACAAUGACAGCCUUUUCUAUGAUGAGGAAUCUGAAAACCUGGAUCGAGAGACUUUCUUCUUUGGUGAUGAGGAGGACGAUGAUGAAGCCUAUGACUGAGGGGCAGGAUCCAGGAGACUCCUGGAGCUGUGCCACCAGAAUCAUGGGGCUGUGGGGAUGGAGAGUUCAUCUCUUCCCACUGUUGUGGUGAGGGGAUUCCCAGUGUCUGCAGCACCCUCUUCUGUUUACUGAAUAAACUUUUUUUCACAUA